AGUUUAUUUUUGUGAAACAUUCUCAAAUAUAUUUAUCUCAAAAAUACAGAGUCUCUACAUACCUUAUCACUAUUAUUGAAGCAAAUGCGAUAUUUUUGGUUAAUACUUUGUAUUGACAUAUCCUUGAAGCAUAUAAACACGAAUUGCAAUUAAUGGAACUGGAAGAAAUUGUAAAAAUUAAACAUAUUUGGCCACAUAUUAACGCGGCAACCGAAAUUGUUGAAACAACGAAAUUUUCAACUACUCAAGCAAAGGAGGAAGAUGGUUGUGAAUAUAAAUCAAAAAUAAUAUAUCAUUGCCCUUUUGAAUCUUGUCGAUAUAAUGUGAGAGAAAUAGAAAAUGGGUUCUUCUACGAAACAGAUCUUUUAAUGCAUCUCAGGAUGAUACAUUCUAAAGAGGAUAAAAAACCAACAAUAUCGAUUAUGCAACAAAAAAGAGCUAGGGAUGAUACGAAGGAAGAUUUACAAUCGUGCAAGAAAAAUAUAUCAACUCCGUCGUCUACUUUAACCGUUGGCUGUACAACUGCAAUAUUAGCGUCUCCUAAUAGAAAUAUUUCAAAGAAAAAGCGUGGAAGGCCUGCAACGAAAUCAUCGAAAGAAUUUAAAAGUUAUUCUAUUUUGCCUAAACCAGCCAUUCAACUAGCACCAACAGCAAAGAUCGAUAUGCCCUUGGGUAUGAGGAAAAAGAGUACAAAAAGAAAUAUUACGAUUGAAACAACAACAGCUUGUUCGCCUCUUUCACUUGAGCAGCUAUUGGAAGCUUCCACUCAAACAAACGUUCCUUACCAAGCCUCAACGCAAACAAAUACAACAUUUCAAGAUUCAAAGCAAACUAAUACUGUUUGUACAUCUAUUCUCAAUACAUCUCAAACAACUCAAACACAAUUACAAAAAGAUUUCAAUUCGAAUUCCACGCAAACAGCCGAUUUAUUAAACGAUCUGGUUAACGAAGAUAUAUUUAUCAAUUAUCUUGAUACAGGCAGACGACAAUCAAAUUGCUCUGAGAAAUACGUUCAAACAAGUACUAAUAAAGGAACAAUAGUACUAGGAGCACAAGAAACUGACACAAAUGAUUCGUUUCAAUUAGAAUUAGAAAGUUUGGUUUUCGAAGGUGGAAAGGAGGACUCUCUGAGGGAAAUUGGAAAUGCGAAUAAUGUGCAAGAUAUUGCGUUAUCACCAAUACCUCAGCAUUUCUUUGAUGAAUUUUUCACCAACUAAAUUUCAUUGAUAUUAAACCAAAAACAUUUAAAUAAGAGGACAAUAAAAGAAAGAGAUGAAAGGGAGGGAGAAGAUGACGGAGGAAGUUAAUUUAUAUCUUUUUUGCAGUGUCAUUUUUUUUUUGCAGUAAAACAGAAUUUCUUUUUCUUUAAUAAUAAAAGAAAGAAGAGAAAAGAUUAUUUUCUAUUUCUCCUUCAAUUAUUAUUUAAA